AUUUGAUCAAUAGCCUACGGUACUGUGUGAUAUCGUUGGACCUGCGAUGGGCUACAACGUAGGGGGAUAUGGAAUGGCUCGCUCUGGAAUCUUUAUCGUGUUGAUGGGGUUGUGGAGGUUUAGCUCUGCUUGCCCUGCAUCCUGCACUUGCAGCAUCUCAAGGCUUGUUUGUAUGGAUCCUGACCCAGGGAUCGAGGAUUUCCCUAUCCUUACGUUAGAUGACAUGGAAAUGGACAUCAACAUCACCGAUAUAUACAUUGCAAAUCAAAAUCGACUAUUUGACAUUAAUGAUAACAGCUUGAAGUACUACUCGAAUCUCAGAAAUCUAACUGUGACAAAUACGGGACUGACUUCUAUCUCAUCAGAAGCCUUUUUCAACAAUACAAGACUUCAAUAUCUGAAUCUGAGAGACAAUAACUUGUCAACACUGUCCUGGAGGACAUUCAUAAACUUAAACAUGACAUCUUUUCCUCUCCUGUCUGGUAACCCUCUGGAGUGUGUAUGUGAGAACAUGUGGAUCAAACUGAGGCUGCAAGAGGACAUUGACAGUUCAGAAAGUCAACAGCUGAAAUGCAUAGACGACCUUGGAGUGAGGAGGGCCAUCUCCAGAUUAAUUCUCCCUGAUUGUGAGACUCCCGCAGUGGAGGUCAGUCCCUCUAUCGUCACAAAGACGGAGGGAAGUGAUGUCACAGCAGUGUGCAGUGCAACAGGGUCUCCUGCCCCUGAGAUCUCGUGGAAUUUGGACACCAUCUUCACCAGCUAUGAGGUCAAUGUCUUGGAGCUGGAAAGCAAUCUGACACUGUCAGGUCUCUCGCCUUCGGACAAUGGCAGAGUGAUCACUUGCAAUGUGGAGAACGUAGUCGGCCAAACCGAGGCUUACCUCCAACUCAACAUCCUCUUUUGCCCCACUAUCCUGGAGCUGCUGGAGCCAUUGAGACUCCACCACUGGUGUAUCCCUUUCAGUGUGACUGGGAACCCCAAGCCCGAGCUGCAGUGGUACCACCAGGACCAGGAGCUCCACGAACAAGAGUAUAUCAAGACUGAGAUCCACAAGAGCCUUGGAAGCGUUCACCACGGCUGCCUGCAGCUUGCCAACCCGACUCACAUCCACAACGGGCAGUAUACGCUGGUGGCCAGGAACGAGUUCGGGGAGGACCAGAAAGUAAUUGACGCCCACUUCCUGCUCCCGCCAGACGAGGGCGACUAUCCCUCAGAACAGCCAUAUUACCCUUACACCACUGACUCACCACUACCCCCAAUAGACGACAGUGUUGCAGUGUACGUAGUGGUGGGAAUCGCUGGUGUGGCAUUAAUUGUAUGUGUUCUGAUGGUGAUCAUUCUGAAAUAUGGAAGAAACUCUAAAUUUGGGAUGAAGGGCUCCUCCUCCUCGGUCAUCAGUAACGAUGAUGACUCUGCCAGUCCUCUUCAUCACGUCUCAAACGGCAACAACACUCCGUCGUCCUCGGAGAUGAGCCACGAUGCGGUGAUCAUUGGAAUGACAAAGAUCCCUGUCAUCGAGAACCCGCAGUAUUUCCGCCAAUCUGGCAGCAUGCUGAAAUCGGACACAUUUGUCCAGCACAUCAAGAGACACAACAUUGUGUUGAAGCGUGAGCUGGGCGAGGGGGCCUUUGGGAAGGUGUUUCUGGCUGAGUGCUACAACCUGACUCCAGAUCAGGACAAGAUCCUGGUGGCUGUCAAGACGUUGAAAGAGGCCAGCGAGAGUGGCCGUGCUGACUUCCACCGGGAGGCGGAGCUGCUGACCAACCUGCAGCACGAGCACAUCGUCACCUUCUACGGCGUGUGUGUGGACAGCGACCCGCUCAUCAUGGUGUUCGAGUACAUGAAGCACGGCGACCUUAACAAGUUCCUCAGGUCCCAUGGUCCUGACAUGGUGCUGAUGGCUGAUGGGCAGCACAGCCUGAUGGUGGAGCUGACCCAGUCCCAGAUGCUGCACAUCGCCCAGCAGAUUGCUGCAGGCAUGGUCUACCUGGCCUCCCAGCACUUUGUCCACAGAGACCUGGCCACACGCAACUGUCUAGUGGGAGAGAACCUGCUGGUCAAGAUUGGGGACUUUGGAAUGUCCAGGGACGUGUACAGUACCGACUACUACAGAGUGGGGGGUCACACCAUGCUGCCCAUCCGGUGGAUGCCUCCUGAGAGCAUCAUGUACCGGCGGUUCACCACGGAGAGCGACGUCUGGAGUCUGGGCGUGGUCCUCUGGGAGAUCUUCACCUAUGGGAAGCAGCCCUGGUACCAGCUCUCCAACAAUGAGGUGAUUGAGUGCAUCACCCAGGGGCGCGUGCUGCAGCGGCCGCGUUCUUGUCCAAAGGAGGUGUACGACCUGAUGCUGGGCUGCUGGCAGAGAGAACCCUACAUGAGACUGAACAUCAAAGAGAUCCACAGCCUGCUCCAGAAUCUGUCCAAGGCCUCGCCUGUCUACCUGGAUAUUCUGGGCUGAGUGAGUCUGAUCGGCUGUGUUUGUGUAUGGGAUGGAAUGAGGGUGGAGUUGUGUGCGUACGAGCGAGCAUACUGUUUGUAUGGGUGCGAAUAAGGGUGGAGUUUGUGUGUGUGUGUGUGUGUGUGUGUGUGUGAGAGCAUACUGUAUGUGUGUGUGUGUGCUGACUGUGCUUCUGCCUGCUCAUCACAUAGACAAAAGCCUUACAUUUGACUGCCAUUUCCUUUCCUUGUCCAUUUGAAAAUACUCUUAGGACCCGUUUCUCAAAUCCAGAUUAAAAGAAUCCUGGAGUAGGCCCAAUUCUGGUUUAGUUAAUCAAGAGCAAAAAAUAGGAUAUCAUAAACAUCAGUUAACCUUGAAUUACAUACUCUUGGACUUUGACGGGGACUUUUUAAAUAAUAGUCAAAGAAUAACUUAAUAAUGUCCAUGAAACCAAAUGAUCAGUAAUCUUUAUUAAAUUGUAAUUUAGUCAAGGAGUAGGCCAAGGCCUCCCGGGUGGCGCAGUGGUUAAGGGUGCUGUACUGCAGCGCCAGCUGUGCCACCAGAGACUCUGGGCUCGCGCUCAGGCUCUGUCGAAGACCGGCCCAGCCUCUGUCGCAAAAGGUCCGUGGGGCGACACACAUUUGGCCUAGCGUCGUCCAGGUUAGGGAGGGCUUGGCUGGUAGGGAUAUCCUUGACUCAUCGCUCACCAGCGACUCCUGUGGCGCAGUG